AUCACAAAAUGAACGCGAGUACCAGCUCGCCGAGCCAGCAGCUGCAACAAGCGAUAAACUCAACAAUAGACAAAGAAUGCGCAGUGUGCUAUUCCGAGAUGAUCCUUCCCACCACAAUCCCAUCGUGCGGUCACAAGUUCUGCUUCAUAUGCCUCAAGGGUGUCAGCGUGUCGAACAACGGAGACUGCCCGAUCUGCCGUGGCCCAAUCGACUCACAGAUCUUCAAGAAGCCACUGCAGGCCGUUGAUCUGAAGAUGGAUAUUCCAGGGACUCCUUCAGCAGCAGCCCCAGAUCCAGUAGUGAAGCAAGAAGUCGAUGACGAAGACGUGAAGCCAGACGUGAAAAAGCUUCAAGAAGAACUCAAAAAACAGCAGGCAGCUGCUGCAGCUCAGAAAAUGUUCUGGCUAUACCGUGGACGUCAUCAGGGAUGGUGGAGAUUCGAUCCACGUAUUGAGAAGGAAAUCGAGGAAGCAUUCACACAUCAGAUGCCGAUGACAGAAGUGACAAUCUGUGGGAAUCCGUAUAUCGUCGAUUUCUCGCAAAUGUGCCAGUAUCCGAAGAAUCAGAGCAAUUAUUCGCGUAAUGUGAAGCGCGUGAACAGUACGGAUUUCGAUUCGUUGAAUGUGAAGGGAAUGUCUGGAGUAUUCGUUGCCACCACGUCACCACCAGCAGCAGCCAAUUAAUUCAAUGAUUUUUCUAAUAAUUUUGUGUAUUUUUGUGUCUUUAAAUUCUCAUUUUUCUCUCAUUUCCCCUCGAAAAAAAAUCCAAGUUUUCUGUGAAAAAACGCGAAAAAUUCCGCAUUUUCACCUGAAAACACGAAAUUUUUAAGGUUUUCUUCGAAAAAUCCUACUUUUUAGCUCAAAAUUCUGGAAAAAACUCGUGUUUUUUCACCGAAAAGCCUGCAUUUUCCUUCUCGUGGACUUGAAUGUUUUAACUUUUCACCACCGAAAAUGUUGGAUUUUCCAAUUUUCGCAGAAUUUUUGUGUGUCUUUAAAUUCUCAUUUUUCAGUGGAAAAUAUGCGAAAAAUUCACCUAUUUCUUCCGAGAAAUGCGGAAUUUUCCAAAUUUUCUUAGAAAAAUCCCUUUUUUUCGCACUAAAAUCUGAAAUUUGAUGCAAAAACACUGGGAAUUUUCACAUUUUUGGCCCAAAAUUCUGCAGAACAGAAUUCUGUAAAAGUUCGGUUUUUCAAAAAAAAAAAAAAAGGAAAAACCUUCAUUUUCCCUCUAAAAACAUGAUUUUUUCAGUUUUAACCGGAAAAUUUGAAUUUUUUUCCAAUUUUCCAUCGAAAAACUUCAUUUUAUCUAGUUUCCCCUCUAAAAUCGUGAAUUUUUCUCAAUUUUCCACCGAAAAAUAGGCUUUUUCCCAAUUUUCCUACCCCUCUAAAUAUCCACGUGGAUCUCUUUUUCUAAUGCCUUUUAAGCUACGGUUUUCUUUCUCUAAAUCUCUCAUUCCCUCACACUAUCUCCCCUCGGGCCUUGUGGCCUAUUCCGCGUGUCUUUUUCUUCUUCUACAGCUGUUCUCUCUGUAUGAAAUCCUUUACUUUU